AAUUCAUUUCCGUUUCAGCAAGGCAACUCUGUGUGCGAACCAAGCCAAAAACCGACAUUUUGUUUUUCAAGCAAGCGAAGCACGAAAAAUAUUAUACACACCCGAUUUAAUCGAUUGAAGCCAUUCAAAGUAGCAGCAGCAAUUGUACGACGAGCAGCAGGAAAAAGUGUAAAAUUAAUUAAAUAUACCCAUAUAUAGUCAGAAAAGUAAAUCAAAUUAAGUGAAAAUGGGUGAUCAACGAGGCACACGCGUCUAUGUCGGUAAUUUAACCGAUAAAGUGAAGAAGGAUGACCUAGAAGGCGAAUUUACAAAGUAUGGCAAGUUAAAUUCUGUUUGGAUUGCUUUUAAUCCACCAGGUUUCGCUUUUGUUGAGUUCGAGCAUCGCGAUGAUGCCGAAAAAGCCUGCGACGUCCUCAAUGGUACAGAAUUGCUGGGCUCACAAUUACGUGUAGAAAUCUCCAAAGGACGGCCACGUCAAGGUCGUCGUGGUAUGGGCGACCGUGGCCGACGUGACUUCGGCCGCCGUAGCAAUAGCGGUGGUGGUGGCGGUGGAUACCGUCAACGUGGCUCCGGUAGCGGCGGCGGACGUUACCACGACCGCGGCUAUUCCGGUGGUGGUGGCCGUCAAGGUGGCGGUUACAGCAGCCGUGAUGGCGGCAGUAGUGGCUUCAAUCGACGCGACGUUUACGGUAGCAGCAGUGGUGGACGAGAUAGUGGACGCUCAUUCGGCGGUAGUGGUGGUUACGGUAGCGGAAGUGGCGGACGUAGUGGUGGCAGCAGCCAAGGUGGAGGACGCUUCAGAUCGCGUUCACCAGUCGGUCAUCGCUUCUAAACUAGUUCAGCUAAGGAGAGAACAAAGUAAUCUAAAAAAAUAAUGUGUUUAAGAGAAGGUAGCAAGAGGUGAUUGUUGGAUCUCGCGUGUAUGUAGGACCAACAGCGCAAUUUUGAAAAUUUUUAGGAGAUUACUAGUACGCAGUAACAAGAGAGUAUUUGAGAAAUGCAAAACUGCAAUUCGUUUUAGAAAUGUAAGGGCUAUCGAAAUACAAAACAAAAACACAGUGUGUUUAGUUAAAAAAAAAAGAAAAUACAAGAAAACAAAAAUUCAAUAAUUGGUAUAAGUAAAUGUAGAACAAAUAGACAUCAUGCAACCGAAAAAAGCGCGAUGAUGAUGAAGAUGAUAAUUUGUAGAAAAUGUCUACCGCUAACAAAAUUUAGUCGCUAUUUAUAAGCUAAUUCGAGACAACAGUUACUACGCAAACAAAUAUAACUUUGAAAUAAAUAUCUUCAAUAUCUAUAUAUACUUACAGUAUUCGUAAAA